AUGGCGUCUGGAGAGACAUUGUGCCACUCUAUUGCCAAGCAGUAUGAGAUGACAUCGAUAAAACUUGGCCUGGCUCUGCUGCUAGUAGCAGAAGUUGCUGCUGCAGUAUACCUACAGAAAGGAGCAGACACUGAGAAACAAGAAAAGACCAAUCAUUGUAACAAAAAGUGCACUAGAGAUGCAGACUGUCGAGAAAAUGAGUGCUGUCUUAAGAAGAAUGAACGAGGUCCACGUGCAGACUCCUACUGUGUAGCACAGCCUCAGCUGUAUCAACCAUGCGAUCGAGACAAGAUCUACACGUGUGCUUGUCGAGAUAAACUAGUCUGCAGUUUACAACACCACAGCAACCUCACUCGUCCUGACGGUCUCUCGAACAAUUUUCAAACACCCUCGUGUCAUUCAAACUAUAGCAAUUGGCAUGAGAGUAAUGAUUUUGUUUGCUUGAGUCCUGAAGAAGGCUUUCAAGACCAAGAGAGUCAAAAAGCAACCGAUACCGUUGUUGUCGUUCAAAGUGCUAUGACUGAGUUACAAUCCUUCGAUUCGAGUGUAUCAGAGGACAACGUCAUAGCACAUGGAGGCGAAGGCUCUUGUCGAUGGGUUACGAAGCAAUUAUCUAAUUGUUCAAGCACAUGUGACGGCUUUCAGACUCGAGACUUGGUCUGCAUAUGCACUCCCGCAAACGGUACCGACAUCCAGGCUACAGAAGCUAACUGCAUUCGUGAUGUUCCAGGAAGCAAACCCAACGCACAGAUUCCCUGUACAACAGAAUGUCUUACGUUUUCUAUGGCAUCAACUAAUGACUCAGUUACAAAACGAUCAACAGAAAGUAGGACCAUGCCUUUUCCAGCAGAAGUUAUCACUAAACUAGGAGGCGAGGGAAGUUGCAGAUGGGCUGCAGGAGAAUAUUCGCAAUGCACGCCAUCGUGUAACGGACAACAAGUUCGAGCAGUCGACUGUAUGUGUGUGCUGGCGUUGAUUUUCAAGGUCCAAGCAACAGAAGACAACUGCGAACGUGACGAUAUUGAGAUAAAGCCCAUAUUGAUGCGCACCUGUGGUGGAGAGUGCCGACCGACCCAAAAACCAACUACAACUGCCACACCAACAAAAGAAGAACCAACAACUAAAGUACCACCACCACCGCUACCACCAAAAACAACAAUAAACAGAGAGCCAGAAAUUGCAGCUAACAAGUGCGAACCUGUUCGCACACAAAGUCAACAAGGAUGUAACCUGACUGAGUGUCGGGAUGGUAGUGACUGCUUAGCAGACGAGUGUUGUCUACAAGUGUCUCUCAAACCGGGCAAACGCUAUGGUACCGCAUUCUAUUGUUUUCCUCUUGUAGAAGCCAACGACGUUUGCGAUCCGAAUGCAAACUGGACUUGCCCUUGCGAUGCAGAACUACAGUGUAGGGAUGACUUCAAUGCUGAUGACAAACGCCACUCGAAACAUUAUCACAAGAAGGAUAAAUACUACGGCCACAAGAAAUACUCAAGAGAUGCGUUCUACAAGUACAGAAAAGUAGUAGAAAUCAAAGAGACAGAGGAAUGUCCCAGGCUCUACAAGAAACAACCUAAAAGACCCAAAUACCAUCGUGCUGUCUGUGUUGCGGUACCAAAGCCAUCGGCUUCUAGGCAAGCCACCUCGGGCACUCGAAGGUCAGAUGCAGGAGUUGCUUCAAGAGCAAUACAAAGAUGUUCAACAUCACCUCUUCAGACAACUUCAUGUUCUCUUGUCACGUGUGAGAGUCAAAGUGAUUGCAAUGACCAAGAAUGUUGUCUAAAAGUGGACUACGAAGAAGGAAAAAGCAAAUACAAAACUAAAUUGAUGAAGUCAUUUUGCUUGCCUCUAGUUGAAGAAAACAGUGCGUGUGAUGUGGAUGUAAGAUGGAGUUGCCCUUGCAGAAAUGGGCUCAACUGUACAAAGCACAGUAGGAAGAAAAAUGGUAAAGACCUCAGUAAGUACUUCAGACAGAAAGUCAGUCUGAAAGACGGAGAAAAGUGUCCCGAAUUGAACAAGUACAAGUACACGUCUAAACGUUAUUACAAAUACGCACCUACUUGCCAAAAGCCGUCAUCAGGAAAAAGAGUGGAAAGAGCCAGCAGCUACCAAGGACAAGAAGGCGAGCAGAAAUCGGUUGUUGUGUUCGUAGCACACUAACAGACGCCCCUACCGUUGUGAGAACCGGCAAAGACAUUGCUCCUUUUUUUAAAUACACUAGCAAUGAAACUGAAAAGUGCACGGCAAUUGCUUAUGAUCCAUUCUAGACAACUUUGUUGAAUGCGAUUGUAAAAUAAACAAGUGCUCUCAAUCGAUGACAUCGCCCUGUAACAUGCAGUGCGACAUACCUAUACUGUAUUACAU